AAUAAGACUUAUUUAUCUCAAUUUUGGGAGAGUGGUACAGACUAUAAUAGAAGAUUCCUAUUCCUACAUACAUAAUAUGUGAAAAUUUCUAAAAAUUAUGUGAUCAAUUAUAUAUAAAACGAUUAGGAUUGUGAUAUUAGCAAGUUAAAGAAAAUUUGUUAUUUUGGGCUUGACAAUACCAGAUAAUUUAAUUAUUUUUUUUUCUCUAAUAAAGAUAAAUAUUAGAAAAAGUAUAAAUCCGAUAAGCAUUAGGAAUAACAAUAUAUCGAGAAAUUAAGAUAUCGAAAGUUUUCGCUAAUUAAUUGCACACUCUCCUAUACAUUUUAUUUUAGGAAAUAUUAAUUCCAAAUCCGUUUUAUUUUAUUCGCCCUUGUACAUAUAAAAACGAUCAAAAGAGUUAAAUGUUCUGGGGUUAUACUGUUUCCUUAAUAUCCUUUUCCUCUCUAAACCAUCUCUCCUACCAUGUUUUCUCGACCCACGCCUCAUCAUCCUCCCUAUGCAUAUAUGAUACGCUGCGCGAUAGAAGCACUCGGCGAGGGAAGUGGUUCUACGGUGCAAUCGAUUUCAGAUUACAUCAAAGCCAAGUUCCACGGGCUUCCACCGGCGCACAACAGAUUGAUUGUUUUCUACCUUAACCAACUCAUUGAGAGCGGAGAGUUCGCCGUCGGCGGCGCACCGGAUCGAUACGUCGUCGUCUCAAACUCUCCGUCGCCCCCCGCGCCUUCUGCGAUAUACUCGUCGCCGGAAUCCAUGAUAAAAUGCGCGAUACAAACGCUCAGCGAGGGAGGAGGUUCGACGCAGGAAUCGAUAUGCAGUUACGUUCUCGCCAACUUCGGUGAGCUUCCGUGGGCCCCCAGAAAGUUCCUCUUUUUCUUCGUUAACAGGAUGCUGGAGAGAGGAGAGCUCGUCGCGGGCGCUGGGCCGGGCCGAUACGUCCUCGCGCCUACGUCUUCAGGCCCAAAAAGCCCUGUGGGCCCCCAGGAAAGGCCCAGUAAGGCGGAAGAAGAAGGCCCAUCGGUGCUUCGCUCGGAACUCAAAAGCAGCGACGGCGGCGGUGGUGGUGGCGGUGGUGGUGAUUCUGUGUCGAAGACUAAGCGCGGCCACGGACGGCCCCCGACGAAGAGGACAAAUGCGAGUGAGAGUUCUCAACCUGACACGGCCCAAGAGGCCCAAGAUGCGCCACGGCCCACACAGCCCGGCGAGCGACCGUCUCAGCCGAAUUUUGGCCCAAAUGAAUAUAUACUCGCAUUGCCUGCUGCUGCUAAUGCUGCUGCUGCAAGAGCUACUGCUGCUGCUGCAAGAGUGGAAGUAAAAUCCGGAAGUAGUGACUAAUAGCUUCGCGGUCGCGACGCACAAGUGAUCUAACUUAGAAAAGAAACCCAGACACAAAAGCCCAUCGGAAUCCUUUAUCUAUGUUUUGUUUCAAUUUUUGACGCUUUGAAAAGAUAUUUGGUAAUUUUUCUGUUCUUGUAUUUUGUGUGUUUUG